UUCCAUAUUAUACCCUUCUUUCAUUCCCUUUUCAAUUCCAUUCCUUAUUAGGGUUUCCUCAUUCUUAUUCAUACUGUAAAUAAUAAACACCAACAGUGAUUGAGUGUCAUCUCCGGAGCUUGAACCUGGAGUGAUGACAGCAUGAUUGCUUGUUCUCCCAUUAGAAAUUGUGUGAAAUACGCCGUUCGUCCAAGUGGGUCCCGGCAAAGUGUGAUGCCUUCAAGUGCAUGUUGUUUUCAUCUCUCCCUUGGAUGUGUCAAACCGAAUUAUGUUCCAAAGCCGAACACCCGCCAAUCUCUUAUUGGGCCAUCUGACGUUGCAAACCAGAGGAGCAACUGGCAGUUACUGACCAUCAAAAGUGCUAUGCAUUCCAGGCGCGGGACACCAAAGACACGCUUAGAUCUUUCGCUUGGGUCCCGCAAUAUGAACUUAAGGCUUUUGUUCCCAAAACAAAAACAAGGUAUCAUCUCUAGAAUGAAAUGGAAUUUGGUACCCGGAUCUUGGAUGCAAGGAUGUGCCUCAGCUGGCCUUGUAAUGGGAUUAACCGUUUGCAAUUCAAAUACUGAGCCAGCACAUGCUGAAGCAAAAGAGAACAAGGAAGAUGACUGUAGUUCUACAAUCACCAACUUUUCACAUGGGAAGCAAGUUCACACCAACUAUUCCGUUAUAGGAAUACCUGGAGAUGGGAGAUGUUUGUUUCGUGCUGUUGCUCAUGGAGCAUGUUUACGAUCAGGGAAGCCUGCUCCUAGUGAGAGCCUGCAAAGGGAGCUAGCUGAUGAAUUACGUGCCAGAGUGGCCGAUGAAUUUGUUAAAAGACGGGAAGAGACGGAAUGGUUCAUUGAAGGUGACUUUGAUUCUUAUGUGUCACAAAUAAGGAAGACACAUGUAUGGGGAGGUGAACCUGAAUUGCUCAUGGCUUCUCAUGUUCUCAAGAUGCCAAUUUCAGUCUACAUGAAUGAUCAAGAUUCCGGUGGCCUCAUUUCUAUUGCCGAAUAUGGUCAUGAAUACAGCAAAGAAGAUCCAAUCCGAGUCUUGUACCACGGGUUUGGUCAUUAUGAUGCUUUACAUAUUCCUGGUAAAACGGAUUCCCGAGCCAGACUUUAGAAUUUUCAACUUUUAGUCUAUUCAUCACUUGAUUGUCGUAAUUUAGAAAUGGUCAGUACAAAAUAAUAAGAUUUAACCAUAACAUGAAAAAUAAAACAAUAGGUUUCUAUCGAUCUCUUUUAUCGUAUGCUAAGAUGUUCAAAUUCAAAGAAAUAGAUGAAAAUCCAUGUAUUCUUGGGUUA